AUGCAAGAAAAUACGUUAAGAUGGCGAUCGCGUGCACCAAGUCCCGACACACCCCAAAGCGUUGGUUACAUAGAAGACUAUGGCGAUGACAGUGGAUCGGUCAAGUCUACGGUUCAAACCUUACAGUUCUUGUGGGCUUUCAAGCACUAUUUUUCCAUCAACUGCUUUGUAAUAAUCACUAUCAUCAUAUGUACAACUACGGUCCAAAUGAGCAUGGAGCUGACCGCUCAAACGGCCUCGGCCUUGACCAUCCUAGUCUGUUUCAUCCUCCUGAUUCAACGGCGAACCGCCAAGAAACUUGGUACACUCCGACAUCAGCACAAUGAAAUACGGCGAAAGAUACACUACUUUCGACAGGAAAAUGAGCGAUUACACAGAAACUCGGAUCGGUUGGAUGAAACAGUUGCCAACCUUCAACACAUACCAAAAAUGUUACACGAAAUCUCUAAGAACAAAAAUGUGGAUCAACUGGUAUCUGUCAUUAAGCGACACAAAUUGAUUCAAGAACAGAUUCGACAAAAGGUGAAUGAGAAAAUCAUUCAAAACAUAAUGACAAUUGUGGUCGGGGCCGAUCGAGAUAGCAAUUGGAGUCUGAAACCCGAGGAAGUGGAUCGACUGGUACAACGAUUAUCGCAUGUGGAAGAAAUUACGUUGAAUGAAAGGCGGUUCCGGGAAAUGAUUGGUCCCAAGCCACAUAUUGGAUCGGUCAUGAGAGUGAUUCGAAGUCUGCUGGAAAGAGAUGACGAGUAUGCACUUGCCAGUCCGUGUUUCAAAAUGAAAGGAGGAGAGAAAGGUGGAGCGGGUGAGACAGUAUUUACUGUGUAG